UGUUGCAAAUACUUUAGACUUUAAUCUGUAAAUAUAUGGUGAUGUAAAUUGAAAAUGAUGUGAGAAUAAUUGGUUAGGCGAUUCAACGAAUGAAUGAAAGUACUCUAAUAGGAUUUUGAUUACAUCUUUUGUUUAAUUGCGAAAUUAUUUACUUAUAGUUGUUCUAUUGUUAUAGUAUACAAUAAGAUACUGUGUACGAAAUAUUGCAUGUGCGUAAUUGAGCAACAUUCAAACCAAUAGGCGGGAAACUUAGAAUUUGAAUCAAUCAUGAAGAGAAGAGCCAGAAAAACAAGACGUCAGAUUUUGGCAGAGAAGACAGCAGCGCAGCAGCUGCUGAUCAAUAAGGCAAAUGCAUUAAUGAAUCCUUUGGAUAUUCUACCAGAAUUCCAUGAAUAUGUCACCAAGGAUGAUGUGAUAAAAAUAUCUUGUAUCAGAGCUAAGAAUGCACAACCAGAAUGUCGUUCUUGGAUAUUCGAUAUCACAGAGAGAAACGUGAAGGAUAUGUACAAACAAUCUAGUUGGGGCUGGGAUGCAGCUGAGAAACAAGCAGAAUUGACAGAGGAAACAGCUUGGUAUCUGAUAGCAUCGCGUGAUGAUAAGUUUUUAGGAUUUUCACAUUUCCGAUUUGAUAUCGAUCAUGGUGAUGUAGUAUUAUAUUGGCGCAGAGGACUCGGCCGUUUUAUGAUGUCAGCCUUGGAAUCUAUGGCAAGUCGGAAUCAGAUGCAGAAAGUUGUCUUAACUGUUUUCGCGCACAAUCCGACGGCGAUACAAUUCUUUUUCGCACUUGGAUACAAAUUAGACCAUACGAGCCCACCCGCUUCGGCGAAAUUGGAUUACAUGAUCUUGAGUAAACAAAAUUUACGCGGAUAAAUAGAAAGCAAUACUCACCUACGACAAAAUAUUUUCUUCCCGAUUAAGAUUGCGUCUUGUGAAACAAGAUCGGUAGUAUUUGAUGUGGGCACAAGUUUAUAACGG